CAGUAACUUCAGCGCUGUCAGAGCGCUCAGAAAAAGGGUCAGCUGUUCUGUGGUUGAUGUAACUUUGGGACAGAGACCAUCGGUUUUGACCGCAGGCAUGGCAACAGCUCAGUCAGUGUUCACUGUGGCUGUGAGCAUUCUGCUCAUCGCAGAGCUGAUUCUGGCCGAGAAAGAUUACUACGAGAUCCUGGGUGUACCCAAAGACGCAUCUGAUCGCCAGAUCAAAAAAGCCUUCCAUAAACUAGCCAUGCGGUAUCACCCCGAUAAAAACAAAAGCCCUGAUGCAGAGGCAAAGUUCAGAGAGAUUGCUGAGGCAUAUGAAACAUUAUCAGAUGACAACCGGAGGAAGGAGUACGACCAGACAAGGAGCAGUCCGUUCUCCAGGGAGGGCCCGAGAGGAGGCGGGGACCACUUCCGUCAACAUUUUAGCUUCAACUUUGACGAUAUAUUCAGAGACUCUGACAUGCAUGGACACAACCCUCACAUGCAUAAUAAAAGACAUUUCGAGAGCCACUUUCAGGCCCACGAAGAAGCACAUAGGCACAGGAGGCACUUCCAGAACUCUUUCGGUGGCGACAUGUUUGAUGAUAUGUUUGAGAAUAUGGAAAGGAUGUUCUCUAAUGGACACCAGACUCGGACUGAAAACAGGUUUCACAGUUCCAGCAGGCAGCACUGUAGGACUGUCACACAGCGAAAGGGUAACAUGGUCACAACAUACACCGACUGCUCCUGAGU